AAAGGGCUUGUGAUAGAUGACUGAUUUUUUGGUGUUUAUACAUGUAAAUCUUAAUUGAUUUUUAUUUAAUUGAACGAUAGUUAAAUGCAGUAUUCAGGGUAAUAGUUAAUUAUAAAAACUCCUAUAAUUAAAUAAAUCAAAGAAAUCUUCGAAAAAAAUCCAUUGAAAUGGCUGUGCUGGCUGCAGCUCAAUUGCUCGAUGAGCUCCUGGGCAGGCACCGAAACGUCGCCCCAAACGAGAAAGUUAAAUCUACCAAUUGGGAAGACCCUGAGUACUGCAAAUUCUUCAUGGUAAAAUUCUGUCCUCACGACCUCUUCGUAAACACCAGAGCCGAUUUGGGACCGUGUUCCAAGACCCACGACGAAGAAGCCAAAAAACUGUUCCAGGAAGCCAAAAACGGCCACUUUAGAAAAAUCCAAUACCAAGAGGAUUUUGUUCGCUUCUGUUCGUCAAUGAUUAACGACGUAGAAAAGAAAAUAAUCAAGGGCCGUCAGCGGUUGGCGCUGAGCGGCAAAAACGUGCUGGCAGUGACCAACCCGCAACAAGCCGAGAAAAAUCAAGAGCAAAUUGAAAUUCUCAAUGAGAGAAUCAAUGAGUUGGAAAAGGAGGCUGAACAAGCGGGUACUGGUGGUAAUGUAGAGCAGGCUCAAGGCCUAAUGAAGCUGUGUGAUCAAUUGAAAGAGGAAAGGGGGGCUCUUAAAAAGGCUGAAUUAGGCCAACUUAAUCUUACAGCCCAAUUAGCUGUGGAACAAGAAAAACAAAUGGAAGUGUGCGAAGUUUGUGGGGCUUUUUUGAUUGUGGGCGAUGCCCAGCAAAGAAUUGAUGAUCAUUUGAUGGGCAAACAACAUAUGGGUUAUAUGAGAUUGAAAAAGGCUUUAGAGGAAAUCACUGAUUUGGUGAAAGAAGUCAAAGAGCCUAGGAAAUUUGGCAGGGAAAAGGAGAGGGAACGUGAUAGGGAUAAGAGGAGGGACAGAGUCAAGGAAAGGGAGAGAAGUUUAGGCAGAAGUCGGUCAGAAUUAGGAGGGGAUAGGCGUAAAGAUGAGGAAAGAAGUGUGCAUGAAGCAGGCCAUAGUAGGGAUGGGGAAAUGAAGCCAAGGGAUAGAGAGCGUGAUAGAAGGCAUCGCUCUGGCCCAGAGCGAGAAGAGCGUCACAGGCAUCACCAUCACCAUCAUUCGCACAGGCACAGGCACUAGAGAGAUGUUCGCCAAAAAAAUGUUGACCAGUAAGACCAUCCCUCAUCAGUUGUCACAACAGGUGAGCUCAAACACACUAUCCAAAAGAAAAUACUGGUUCCAGCUUUGUCUGCCCCCGUCACACUAGCCUCCUCCAGCAACAUGUAGUCCACAGGUGACCCAUAUUUAUUAGCAAAAGUAGCUUUUAGUGGUUCAAAUCGAAUAAUGGAAUUUCCGCUUUGUGUCUCUAUUUUUAGUAUUAAUUUAAAUUUAAAAGUGGAACAGUCCAUUGUUGAUUUUAAUUUAGGAAAGUAGCUGAAUUUUUAAUUAAUUAAACAAUCAGUUUAUUGGCAUUUUUUGUUAAUCAAAUGACAUUAUUAUAAUGAACAUUCAGCUACUUUGGGUAUGUUUUCACAAGAAUCUCUUGACAGUUUGCAAACAUGUUUUCAAUGCUGCUUCGUUCCAAGAUACUUAGUUGAGUGAGUUUGCAAACUGUCAGAAACUCUUGUGACAACAUACCUUUGUUUCUAAUAGUUAAGUGAGUUUACAUGGGAACAUUUAAUUUAAAUUUUUAAUUAAUUUGUAUAAUACAUAUUACAAUUUCCAAUAACUAAAUAAACUACUUAAU